ACUCAAGGAUAAAUUAUUCCCAUUUAUAUGAGAAAAAUUAUUUCCCCAGCUAACGAGAGCGCGUGAAAUUUCGCGCCAUCUUCGUAUUCACUUCCGAGGUCAACAUGGCCGGGGAUAUUGACAGAAACCGAUCCCUGAAAGAAGCGCUCUUCGAAAGUCUGACAGCCAUUUUAUCGCCUAUGCAGAAUGUGCGGGCGUCGGGCGAAGAGCAAAUCAAAGCAUUGGAAGUGACAGAAGAGUUUGGUGUCCACCUGGCAGAGUUCACAGUGGACCCUAAUGGGGCCUUAGCUAUCCGCCAACUGGCCUCGGUGCUACUGAAGCAGUAUGUAGAGACACACUGGUCGCAGCAUUCUGAGAAGUUCAGGCCUCCUGAGACAGUGGAAAGUGCCAAGUCUGUGAUCAGGCAAAUUCUUCCUAUGGGACUGAAGGAAACCAUCAGCAAGGUGCGGUCCAGCGUGGCAUAUGCAGUGUCAGCCAUCGCCCACUGGGACUGGCCUGAGGCGUGGCCUGAACUGUUUGGGAUUCUCAUGCAGGCUCUGACCAGUGGAGAUGGGAAUGCCGUCCAUGGUGCCAUGAGGGUGCUCACUGAGUUUUGUCGUGAAGUGACAGACACCCAGAUGCCACAGGUUGCCCCUGUCAUACUUCCUGAGAUGUACAAUAUUUUCACACAAGAUAAGGCAUACAGUAUAAGGACCAGGUCUCGAGCAGUUGAUAUUUUCAACACGUGUGCAGGUCUGAUAGGAACAAUGACAGACUACAACAAAGGGGUGGCCAAGCAGCUGCUGUUCCCAGUAUUACCACAGUUUGUGGAGGCAUUCAUACAGGCCCUACAGGUGCCGGAUGGAGAGACCUCUGACAGUGGGCUGAAGAUGGAAGUUUUAAAGGGCAUUACAACUCUAGUGAAAGCCUUUCCAAAGAAUAUGAGUCCCUGGCUGCACCAAAUCUUGCCUCCAGUUUGGAACACACUGACACACAGUGCUGACAUCUAUGUUAGAACUGUUGUCAAUGACACAGAGGAUGCCGUGAAUCCUGUCGACUCAGAUGGGGAAGUACUCGGUUUUGAGAACCUAGUAUUUGGUAUAUUCGAAUUUAUCCAUGCGUUGAUUGAGACCCCAAAGUUCCGGGGCGUGGUCAAGAAAUCCAUGGAUCAGCUUAUUUAUUAUGUGGUGCUGUAUAUGCAAAUAACAGAAGACCAGAUUGGCCUUUGGAGUAGUAAUCCAGACCAGUUUGUUGAAGAUGAAGAUGACGACACAUUCUCAUAUUCAGUUCGAAUAUCAGCUCAAGAUCUGCUGCUGUCUCUGGCCAGUGAGUUCAUGAAUGAGUGUGCCCCUGGCAUCUUUGCAGCAGUGACCAGACACUUACAGGAGGCAGAUGCAAUCAAAACUAGUAAUCCCCACUGGUGGAAGCUCCAUGAGUCUGUGAUGCUGACCAUGGGUAGUAUAAGGUCACUAGUGCUGGACGUCAUUAACAGUGGACAAUGCCAGUUUGAUAUAAUAGGGUUUUUAGAGUCGGUUAUUUUAGGAGAUUUAAAUUUACAAGUGUCUCCAUUUUUGCUGGGGAGAUGUCUAUGGACAGGAAGUAGGUACACAGGGGCCAUGUCACCCCAGCUUUUAGAGAGGUUUUUACAAGCGACAGUGAGUGGUCUUCACCCUAGUCAGCCUCCCAGUGUACGGAUAUCAGCCGUUAGAGCAGUGUUUGGUUUCUGCGACCACCUAAAACAGUCCAAUACGACCCAGCUCCUGGCGCCGCACCUGGGGAAUAUGUUCGAUGGACUCAUGUCCAUAGCUCAACAGUUUUCUACGGAGGUGUUAGCUCUGUGUUUAGAAACCAUAAAUAUAGUUUUAUCAGUUGAUUCUAGUUUUACCAAAAAUGUGGAAGACAAGAUCUCUCCAUUGGCCAUUGCUGUGUUUUUAAAAUUCAGUGGAGAUCCAUUAGUAGUAAGUUUAGUGCAGGACACAUUUGCCCAGUUGUCUAAGAACUCUGAGUGCCGAGAGCCGUUACAGCAGAGACUGUUACCUACCCUAGUCAGCAUACUGCAGGCCGCACCAGAUAAAAUACCCAUGGGGCUACAGUCAACAGCACUAGAUAUGUUAGAGACGUGUGUAAGACAUAGUGGAAGCCCCAUCUCUGAUGCACUAGUGCGUGCAUUCCCCGUAGCAGCCUGCUGCACGCUCAGUACGGACGACAACGCUACAAUGCAGAGUGGUGGAGAAUGUUUACGGGCAUAUGCCUCCGUAGCUCUAGACCAAAUUAUACAGUGGCAUGACGAACAAGGAAAGAAUGGGCUAUGGUAUAUAGUACAGGUGAUAUCAAGGCUCUUAGACCCCAAGACGUCCGAGUACACGGCUGCCUUUGUGGGGCGCCUGGUCUCCAUAGUGAUAUCUAAAGUGGGCAGUGGGCUGGGAGAAAACUUGGAUCUGAUGCUGAGAGCAAUACUGAGUAAAAUGCAGCAGGCGGAGACGCUGAGUGUGGUACAGAGCCUGGUGAUGGUGUUUGCACACCUGAUUCACACCCAGAUGGACGCCGUCCUGGAGUUCCUCUACAACGUCCCAGGUCCCACAGGGAAGCCUGCCCUGGAGUUUGUGAUGAAUGAGUGGUGCUCUCGACAGCACCUGUUUUAUGGUGCAUAUGAGGGCAAAGUUAGUGCUGUUGCAUUGAGCAAGUUACUCCAACAUGCCCUCAACAACAAUGACCAACGCCUGAGUGAGAUUCAGGUGAAAGGGGAACAAAUCUUCAGCCAUGAUGGAAUAAGAACCAGGUCCAAGGCCUCCCAAGCACCAGAACAGUGGACCACAAUCCCCCUGGUGGUCAAAAUCUACAAGCUGCUGAUCAAUGAACUGUCCAAUCAGCUUGAGAGUAACAUGUCCACCCAUGUCUCCGCGGCAGAUGAUCUUGAUGAGGGCGAGGAGUGGGAAGAUGAUGAUGAAGAUGAAGAAACUAGUGCAGGAGAGAUGGGGGGAGAGACACUUGCUAGUUUACUGGACCACUUUGCCCCAUCCUCUGACUUUCCUGGUUUUGAGGAUGCAGAAGGAGAGGAGGAAGAGGAAGACCCGGACGCACUAGCUGACCCUGUCAAUCAAAUUGACCUGCAGGCAUACUUGACGGAUUUCCUGCGCUCUCUGUCCCAACAGCCCAUUUACAGCAUGUUCAGUACGCAUCAUAACGACUCCGAGAGGCAGGUGCUCCAGGCCAUAGGCAUCGCCACUUGAAUUAGGGGCGUCUGAAAAGUGUUUCAAGUGCUGUGGAUAGACCAGGAAUUCAUGGAAUUCCACUGACUGUGUGUACCAGUCCCCUGGUGUCUCAUGGGACCCCUGGGGAGGGGGUGUUGAACCCUAAUACCCCUGGGGAUAGGGGUGUUUGACCCCACGGCCCCUUGCUAAAUUGUUUUCCGAGGAAUUUUCCUUUUUGCUGCUCGUAGUCCUGAACUUUUUAAAAAAUAUAUAUUUCCAGUAUAGUGGAACAUUAAAUUAUUGCCAACGUGGUGCCUCAACAGCAGUCACAUGAUAGUCACAUGACAAUCACAUGGUUAAUGCAUGGAACUGAGGCUGGUUUCAGUGUGAGUUGGGGAGAUUUUUUAUGUGCACUGUAUGACUGAUACAGAAGAUUGAAUAUUUUCAGAAUUUGAUGAAUGUAGUUUGGAUAUCGUAAAAAACUGACCUUUUGUGUCAUACACAAGGGUAAAGUUGGCGAAUCUCUGAUAAUGUCAAAACUUAAUAUCAAAAUUUUUAAUUUCAAAAAUGGCAGGGAUUUGCUUCUUUUCAUUGUGCUGGACAUAUAAAGAAGAAGCUGCCUUUGAGUGACUAUAAUAAAAAACUGACUUUAUAUGUUUGCGAACUGGGGAAGAGGGUAGUAGGGAUUUUUAAACGAAAAAUUUUGUGAUUAAGCUUAUUUUCUUUAAGAAAGAACAGCUGAUGAGUAAAGAACUACAAGAGCAUUCAGAUUGCAUGUCAAGUUCUGUUGAUUUUAAGAGAGAAUUCUACCCUAUAUGGCUAACUGAGCUCCCUUUCUUUAGGAGUGGAUUAAGUGUGGCAUUGUGUUUGAAGUUGAUCCAAUAAAUUUGGUGCUUUCUGUGGCUUUGUAUAAUAAGAAAUAAUUGUCAGCAAUUUACAGUUUUGGAUUUUGAGAUUUUGAAUUAAGAUACUAACAUCUUCCAAUCAACAAGUAUUGCUUAGAACUUUGCGACUGUUACAUGUACAAGAAUCUGCCAUUGUCAUAUUUUUACUGAUGAUGCCUAACAUUUUUACAUAAAAAUUGUCAAAAUAUUUGCAAAUUGCAGUAGAUGUGUCUCCCUGCGGUAUUGUGGUCGUGUGCAGUGUAAUAACCUGAUAAGUCACAUGUCAAUAUCUGCUAACAAGGUCAGAAAAGAAAAUGUAGUUUAAUAAAGAUAAUAUUUAUUA